CAUUGAGAAAGCUCAUCGUUCUAACCUGGACAGAUCAAAUACAAAACACAAAGGCUACAGUUGGCAGUGUCAUUGAUUAUCAGUGAGAAAAAAGGGUGUGAUGGGGCCUGCGAGCUGUGUGGAACGCAGUAUACUAGCUGUGUUUGAGUGACCAGGUAUAGUCUAGGUAUAUAUAUUGAUCGAGCUCUCCCAGCCUCACUGUCCAACGUUUUGUAAUUACGCCCCAUGUGGGCAGUGUGUGUUGUUUGCGUUCAGUAGCCUGAUAGCUGGUGGAGAGACAGGAGGAAGGCAGGUCGUUGGCCGAUGAGCCCCUAACCUGGCAGUGGAGGCUAACCUGGUUUGGCCUACUUAGGCCACUGUACUCCGAUCUACAGAUAUGGAUGAGGAUGGGAGGCCGAAAAACAUGGUGCGUUUACCUGCAUCAUCAAACUUACGUCCACACAAAUGUGAGGUUUGUUCAAGACAGUUUCGAGAAGUAGCCACACUACGUAAACAUGAACAAUUACAUCGUGCUGACCGACCAUACGUAUGCACCACAUGCGGAAAGUCUUUCCUGUGGUCGUCUAAUUUGAAAGUCCAUGAACGUGUCCACACCGGGGAAAGACCCUACAAGUGCAAGAUUUGUCAUAGGUGUUUCACACAAUCCAAUGACUUGCGACGUCAUGAGAGAAAUGUACACAUGCGGGGCAAACUCGUUAACUACCGAUCAGGGGGUCGUGCGGCGAGCAGCACGGGACAGGUGAACAUGGCUGCGUACCAAGCAUUUGCCAUGCAACAGCGUGCGCUACUGCAGCACGCACUCACCUACGAAACGAUAAUGCACAGUGCUGCAGCUGUUACUCAAGGUCACUAUAUGGGUCCCCCGUCGGACUCUGCUAUGCUGCCCGCCCCAAAACGCGACCAGUGUGACCUGGCCGUCUCUACCUCAACAGACAGUAUAUAUCGCGCACACAAAACUCCCAGUCCGAUCAAGCUGGAGCAGGUCACACCCCCAUCAACUCCUGGCGAUGAGGCCCACCAAUCAGAUGGCCAGAAUAGUCGCCCACAAUCCAAUCAAAACUCUUCUGACUCGGAACUUAGGGCUCUUCAGCGACAGAUGUCUAACGAAUAUGGCAAGAUCUCUUUGACGUCAAUCAGCAGUGUGAUCCAUUCACCUCCCGCGCUAUCCUCAUCCACAUACCUCAGCAGUCAGCGUAGCCACACCUCGGACGGAGCCAGUCCUCACAAGAACGGACUGGUAUCUCCUCACCAAUCCUGUCCAAGCCUGCCAGGACUGACCUCUCUACCUCAGUCUGUACCCCUUCCUCCCAUCUCCUCAAUCUAUGGGGGUCAGACAUCCACCUCAGACCGGGUUGACCGCGUCAUAGACCUCAGUAUGAACAAGUCCAUCAGCAGUGGCGACUCUGACGAUGGCGACUGGAAAGGUGGCAACGCCUCCUUCAUAUCCAAGUCUCCACAGAUGUCGGAGACGGAGAGCGAAGAGAAGCGCGAUGUGACGACAACUUCGGAGACACCGACUGUAGACUCCGGCAUACAUCACUGUCCACAUUGUAACCUGUUCUUCCAGGACUUUACCAUGUUCCACCUCCACCAGUCUCUGCACCCCCUCGACCACGACCCCUUCAGGUGUCCCAGCUGUAAUAAGUGCUGCCAAGAUCGCAUCGAGUUCAUGUUCCACAUUGUAUGGCACGUCAAGUAUCCACACACCAUCCCGAACUACCAACCGUUCAAGGAAAACUACCUCGCCUAAUCAAAAGUCCCUCACUGAUCUGGUGGAGACGGAAGGGACAACCUGGACAUAUAACGGACCAGGCUGGCAACACAUUUAGUGCUAUGUACACAUGAGGCUCCCCAAAGGUUGUCUGCUGUUAAGGGGGCCCUCAAGGGGUACACAGGGAGGCCGAUGCUACCUCUUGAUGAUUAUAUAGCGGGUAUUAUCAUGUUCUCUGUCGAUUUGACGUGGGGUGACAAAGGUUAAUGUCCCCCAAUUGUCGACGGACAAUAUACUGGAGUUUUUAUCUCAUUUCAUGUUUCCUGAUAAAUAUAAUUUGUUGAUGUAUGUGAACGUAUAGAUAUAUAUAUAUGUAUAUCGGAAUCAACAUUCACUGCCAUAUAUGAUGAAUCCCGGUAAACUUACCCUUGUCCCUCUGUCAAAAGGGGAACAACUCUUUCUUUGUAACCAUGACAAGAGGAAUAUUUUAAUGCUAUCACGAGUACAACACUUGUUGACCCGGUUCUGAUGAUACGGUUCUGUUGACCCGGUUCUGAUGACCCGGUUCUGAUGACAUGGUUCUGAUGACACGGUUCUGUUGACCCGGUUCUAAUGACCCGGUUCUGAUGACAUGGUUCUGAUGACACUGUUCUGAUGACACGGUUCUGAUGACCCGGUUCUGAUGACACGGAGGAGGAGGACAGUGUCCCCUCACAUUUAUCCAUGUAUACUAUGGUUGGUUAUUUUUAUGUCUAUUGUUGAUAUAUUGGAAUGAUAUGCAGGAAUGGAAGUCCUUAAUACCGGUUCACAAAUUUACUGUAGACUUAGCGUUAACUACAGAAAAAAAUUACUGUAGACUUAGCGUUAACUACAGAAAAAAAUUACUGUAGACUUAGCGUUAACUACAGAAAAAAUUUAACUUGAGACUGAUAUAUAUUCAAUAUGGAGUGUUGUAUAUAUAAACUGUUGAAUGAAUAUUAUAUUUUUUUUGCUAUUUCCGACCCAGUGCUUUGGGAGGGAUUCAUAUUUUUGUAAUCAUCCUUCUCCCCUUAUUAUGUUUCGGUUUGACCUUACAUAUUUUCAACAAUUAUAAUCGUGAGUUAAUAUUUUGUGGAUAAAUGUAAUGUAUUAAUCUUGUAAUACAUUAACAGGUAUAGGAGGUUAAACUUUUCUAGACAUUUUGUGCUCUUUUUGAUGAUUAUGCUCAUUGCUAACUUUGAGCACCAAGAUGAAUUGUUUAUUAGGGGUUGGAAAUCCCUUUUACUUAUUAGAACUUGCAAUGAUGACAGGAUUCUUGAUACUGAAACCCUACAAUGGGCUGCACAAAAUUAUACUCAAUGAUUGAUUUUAACUGCUCUAGGCUUUGUUCCUGUUACUAUAUAUACUACCGCAAGUGUAUAUUUUUUUCUGAUUUUUUACCUCAACCUUUUUAUGUUAUCAGUCAGUACGUUUCUCUCUACCGACACUUUUAUUUUUAUCUCCUCCGUCACGGUUGGUGAACUGGUACGUUUCUCUGUACCGACAUUUUAAUUUGUAUCUCCAUCUCCGUCACGGUUGGUGUACUGCUACGUUUGGUGCUUUUACCUAUGUGUUCUUCAUAGACAAUGUGCCAUAAACACAAUCUUUUUUUCGUCAAAACAUAAAACAUAUGUAUCCAGUUUUUACGAGGGCUGGAUGGAGACUACGGACCAGAGAAUAGAGACACAAAUAUCGUCAUUUUCAAGACUUUGUACGCGUCUAAAUGUUGUAUUUGAAAGCUUCUGUGUUUUACAACUUUGGCUGCAUUGAGUUACUAAAAGUACUUAGUCUGUAGGUGUUUUUUAUCAUCAGACAUGGAUCUGGUUCAAUUUUGUACACUAAAUUUCAGAUCUUUUACAUGUCAUUUUAAAAGGUAAAAGAAUGUGAUGAUAGACCAAAUGAUCAAUCAGAGAUUUAUUGUCGCAUAUUGGUCUCGGCAUUAGCUUCACAAAUUAAUCAUUUCACUUUGAUUUCUGUCAGUGCUAUUACCAUCAUGCUUCAUAAAACUUGUCUAUGAAAGUAACAAAAAUAUUUAUUUACUUGAAAAAAACAAAAUUUGUUAUGUCUCGAGUUUUCAGUGUUACAAGUACCCAGCCCUAGUAGAAACAAGGUUCAUCAUCGUACGAUAUUUGGUGUCGCUCUGGUAUUUAUUCACAAAAUUUGAUUUCAUUAAUAAUAUGUAUAUCACAAGCUCAUUUUAAUGAUUUUCAUAUAAAGGUAUUUUAUAUUGAUGUAUAAAUAAAGGUAUUUCAUAUCAAUAAAUAGAGCUAUUAUAUCACCAAUUUUCUGGUAUCAUACAUGAUAUGAAUCUGGAUAUUUUAAUGAUAUCAUGCCUUUGAACUAUUGAUAUAAAAUUUAAAAAUAAAUAAAAUUUAGAUUUCAUGACAUUGCAAAAUCAUUUAUUGAUUAUUAAAAUUUAGUUUUUAUGAUAUUUUAAAUUCAUUCAAUGAUAUCAUAAAUA